AUGGCUUCACACCACAUAACCUCGAAUUUUGGCAACUACAAUUCCGGCAUCCAAGCAGAUAAACUUGAGGUUGGGGGUGAUAUAAAUUUCCACGUCUCAGAGGGGAAAACAGAAGACGAUCGGAAUCAAGAAUGUCUGCGGGAUCUACAAGCUCUACUGGUUACUGAUCCCCGGGACGAUAUAACCCGUAUCAAGCGGGUUAAAGGAGGACUGCUCAAAGAGGCUUACUGCUGGGUUCUCGACAACGCAGACUACCAACAAUGGCGCGACGACCUCAACAACCGGCUCCUAUGGGUCAAGGGCGACCCUGGAAAGGGCAAAACAAUGCUGCUUUGCGGGCUGAUUGAUGAGCUAACCAGCUCGACGUCCGACACUACCCUUUUUUCAUAUUUCUUUUGCGAAGCAUCGGAUACUGCACGUAAUGGUGCUCUUGCGGUCCUGCGUGGCCUCAUAUACCUCCUUGUGAUCGGACAGCCAUCUCUUGUCUUUCAUGUGCGGACGCGAUACGACCAAAGAGGAAGUCAACUCUUCUCCGAUGGAAACGCAUGGGAUGCUCUUUCGAACAUCUUCUGUAAUAUCCUGAGAGACCCAAACUUAAAAGGAGCAUUUGUGAUCGUUGAUGCCCUUGAUGAGUGUAUUGAAGAUCAACGUUUGCUACUCGAUCUCAUUUGCCAAAUCUCCUCGGUGCAUCCACAAGUGAAAUGGAUUGUAUCAAGCCGGAACGAACCAGAAAUUGAGGAUCAGCUUUUCUCUGCGACAGAAAUGAGACUAUCAUUGGAACUGAACGAACAAUCUGUAUGGGAUGCUGUCGCUGUGUUUAUCCGUUACAGAGUCCAGAAGUUAGCUGCGAAGAAAGGAUACAAUGAUGACCUUCAGGAUGCUGUUUUGAAUCAUCUACUUUCAAAUUCUCAAGGGACUUUUCUUUGGGUCAGCUUGGUUUGCACCGAGCUCCAGUCAAAAGCUGCAUGGAAAGCUCGAUCAUUAUUGAAUACAUUCCCACCUGGGCUUACACCUUUGUAUGCAAGUAUGAUGAAUCGCUUGUGCAGAUCGGAGGAUUCGGAGCUUUGCAAACAGAUCUUGAGGACUAUGUUGUUAGUGCACCGGCCCAUUACCCUAGACGAAUUUCCCACAUUGGUCGAUUUACCAGAGGACAUUGGAGACGAACAUGAAUUCUUCGAGCAAAUUAUCGGAGGCUGUUACUCAUUUUUAGUACUUCGCCAGCGCACUAUUUUCUUUGUGCAUUUGUCCGCCAAAGAUUUCUUAAUGGUACAUAGACCCAACGAUUUGUUUGAUGUGGGGAUAGAAAACGAGCACUACUCAAUCUUUCAGCGGUCCCUCCAAGCCCUGCAGCGACUGAAAUACGACAUAUACCGCUUGAAGAUACCUUCUCUUCCCAUCAACGAAAAUGAUGGGAUGGGCGACAACCGCACCGAAACACUCCUGGGACAAAAAGUCGAUGAUGCAAUUAGAUUUACUCGACAGCAUCACUUUGCAAUCGAGAAAUGGCCACUUCAAGUAUAUUGCUCAUCACUACUUUUUACCCCCACUCAAAGCAAGACCAGAUUGCAACACCAGAGCCAGAUACCCAAGUGGAUUCUUGGGGUCCAUGGAAUGGAUAUUGAUUGGGACUCAUGUAUCUUCACUCUCCAGGGACAUGGAGAAGGCGUUAAUUCAAUAGCAUGGUCACAAGAUGGACUCUAUGUCGCAUCCGGAUCCACUGAUAAGACAGUCAAACUGUGGGACACUUCCACCGGACAGUGCAUAUCAAGUAUUUAUGGGCAUGAGGAAGGCAUAACUUCGAUAGCGUGGUCGCCGGAUGGAACUCGACUUGCAUCAGGGUCCUCGGACGGCGCAAUCAAGAUCUGGGACACAGCUACCAGAGAAUGUGUAGCAUUUUCCAAAGAAACAUCCGCUAUAGAAUGUGUCACAUGGUUACAAAAUCAAAAUCGACUAGCAACAUGGUCAGUGAAAAAGAAUUUCAUGAUUUGCGAUCCAUCACCCGAAAGGCCGCUAUGUGACCCCGAUUCCGGUUUAUGCACAUGUCCCAGUUUCUGCGCAUAUAACCUUGACGCUUCAUUUUCCUGGACAGAAGAUAUGAUUCGAGUUGCUAGAUGGGAACGUGAUGAAAGUAUCUUAAUCAGUGACCCAGUAACCGACGAAAGUAUGUUCACGCUCAUGCCAGUCAAUCGUCGUAUCUGGAACAAGCUUUCAAGUCUGUACUUGUCCAAAGAUGGAACUCGACUCGCAAUAAAGGAGACGGAUUCCAGAAUCAGUAUUUGGGAUACAAGAGCUGGAGAUCUUCUACACGUUCUACAUAAGCCGGGUGGUAAUCUGACAGAUAUUAUCUGGUCGUACGACAAUGGCGGACUUGCAACGAUUGGUUUGAACGAAGGGCUUCGAAUUUGGGACGUGACCACCGAAACAUGCUUAUCGAUUCACACUGGACACACCGGAUUUGUGAGAUCACUUGCCUGGUCGCGGGAUGGGGCUUGGCUUGCAGGAUCGUCUGAAUACUUAGUUCGUAUCUGGAACUCAUCCUCUGGAAAAUGCACAUCUACUCUCAAGGGGCAUACCGAAGACAUAAAUUCGGUCGAAUGGUCACCAGACGGGACAAAGAUUGCUUCAGGAUCAAAUGAUACUAACGUCAAGAUAUGGGAUGCAACCCGGCCAUCUGCCCCAACUUUGCAACAACAUGGCGAUUCGGUUAAUGUGAUUUCCUGGUCACCAGACAGAGCCCGAUUGAUAUCCGGAUCUGAUGAUUGCGAAGUCCGGAUUUGGGACACGGCUUCUGGGGAUUGUACAUUAAUCCUCGAGGCGAAGAACUGGGCACUUUCUGUCGCUGAAUGGUCUCAUAAGAGCGAUUACAUCGCAACAACCUUCACUUAUAGCCGAUGGAGACAUAAGAUUGCUAAAGAUCGAUCACCACUCUGCGACGGUAUUGCCACACGCAAACACAUGAGUGAAUGGAGACACAAAGGACAGCAAGUCGACUCCGAUGGAUGGAAUUGUGACGCAUGGGUCUGGUGCCCAGAUACUGGACGGUUUGAAUUUUGUAUCGAUGCGAAAGGAGGUCCAAUCACUGCAAUCGCGUGGUCUGGCGAUGAUAGCCGCUUGGCAGCAAGCUCAUGGGGUUCUUCUAUUCAGGUCUGGGGAAUUUCCAACAGGCAGUGUAUUUGGAGCUUUGAUUUCGCGCAUUGCAACAAACACAUGAGUUCAGUUUCCUGGUCACCAGAUGAGAGUCGAAUUGCUACAGGAUGGGAAGGAAAUACAAUUAAAGUCUUGGAUCUUGCCAUGAAACAGAUUAUCUGUAUACUGCAGCAUCCAGGCGAUGACAGCAAUAUUUUAUCGACUACUUGGUCGCAUGAUGGACACAGACUCGCAUCCGGAUCAACAGACAACACUGUGAGAAUUUGGGAUACUGUCUCUGUUCAAUGCAUAACAGGAUUUCAUGUCCCUUCACCCAGAAACCUUCAAUUCAGUCCAUUCAAUUCGAAUGACCUUGAUACCCCAAUUGGAACCUUCAAAUUGGAUGCCAUCGUCUCGGCCAGCUCUUCUUCUCAUAGCUUGAACAUUUCACCAGCGCAGCCGUUUUACGGUUCUCGAGGCGAGUGGAUAACUUUCGGGGGCAGAAACGUCAUUUGGGUUCCAUCGGCAUAUCGACCGAGUGCCUGGGCUCGAUCUGGAUUAUCCCUUGCCAUUGGAACUUGCUUGGGGCAGGUCCUAAUUUUGCAUUUCCAGGAAAACGGUGGGCCUCUGUUUACCAAAGACCUGCUGGAUUGUGUGCCAGACUGCCGCGUUCUGCAAGACGAUGUCACAGGGGGUUCGACGGAUCAACGACGAUGCCACCAAGCUUUUCGAGUGACAAAAUACGAAGAACAAAAAGAUCCCUAUCGCCAAAGCGUCGUCGAAGCUUUUAAUCAAGCAACUCUUGGGAACCCUGCAUACAUUCGUUGGUGGAACAACACACGCAGUGACGUUCUAUGGAUAGUAGCUGACUCGGGCCGUGGAAAAUCCGGAUUUGCUCGAUCAAUCGUCGAGGACUACAUACCCACCUCAAGCCCGACGGUGACGGUUUGUUAUUUCUUUUUUGAGGAGAGCGAUGAACAGAACAACCUUGCUUCCGCACUAUGUGCAAUUCUUCACCAGCUUUUCGACCAGAGGCCUCAUUUAAUUCAUCAUGCAUCUUCGACUUGGGAAAACAAUGGAAAGCGAAUUCGACGGAAAGUUGACGAGCUUUGGGAGAUAUUGAUGGCGGCAGCAUUCAGUGAUGUAUCUCUCAAAAUUAUCUGUGUAAUUGAUGCUCUUAACGAAUGCCGUCAGGAUGAUCAAGGGCGUCUGAUCACAAAGCUCAAGCACUUCCACGACAAUUCGCUAUUUUUCACAAAGGGAACUUGGUUGAAAUUCCUGGUGACCAGUCGCUCCUGUGGUCAUAUCCAGGAUCAAUACCAAGUCAUCAAAGAGUCAUUCCCCCUUAUAGACUUCCAGGAUAAAAGAAACGACGAGGACGACCGGGGCGAGGAGGGAGAGGGGGGGAGAUCAAUCCUUUCACCACAACAGGGUCAUUCAGGAGCUGUUAACCUCCAGGGUUAG